UUUUUCUUUUCAUGGGUUCCAAACAGACAAUUUCCAUACACAACUUAAAAAAAUGGUUCUAAAACCAACGCAAACGGUAAAUCCAGAUUGAUCCCUCGCCUCCCCAUAACCGAACCUUGCCGCCGCCGCCGUUGUUUGGAUCCACGGUGAAUACCCAGAGCCCAUUCCUCCGUCGUUUUUGCCGUCGUAAUCUUCUUCCUCGGGUGCACAACCUCGCCACCGUGAAGUCAUGCUAGCUCACUCCUAACGAUAGCAUCCCUUCCGCCGCUCAAAAUGGGCCUAAGGGUUUCCACAUCAGGUCGAAGCAUUCGUUGUGCUUACUGAGAGAGUUACCAAGUCCCAAAGCAUGCGCAGACUGAAAAUCUCUCUGCGGUUAAUUGGAAGCUCGUGUUGGAAAUCGAAGGCACCUCACUGUGGAAUUGGUGGCCGAUUGGAAUCGUUGCAAACUUUCUCAGCGUUAAGUGGUCAUCGUUCAUCAGGGUAUGGGAAGGAACCAGUAAGCUCUGUGCAGAUGCAGAUUGUCAAUGCACUUUGCUUAGGCGAGAGAAGCAGAGCGUCCAGUUUACUAUCCGAUAUUGGCCGCAGAAACAUUGAAUUGACAGCCAAUGAUUUUGUUUAUAUUCUUGAGUACUGUGCACGUUCAACAGAUCCACUGUUUGUGAUGGAAACUUGGAGAACUAUGGGUGAAAAAGAUGUUGAUUUGGACGAUAAGUGCUACCUUCUUAUUAUUCGAGCACUCUGUAAGGGGGGUUACCUAGAGGAGGCAUUAAAUAUGAUGGAUAUGCUUCAGAAAGACCAUGACUUGUAUCCUAUUUUGUAUAUGUACAAUAACUUAUUGGGAGGCUGCGCUCGAAUUCAAAGUGUAAGUCGUGCCAAUGAAUGUUUGGAUUUGAUGGAGCGUCGAAUGGUGGGGAAGAAUGAAAUAACAUACACAGAGCUUCUCAAGCUUGCAGUUUUGCAGGAAAAUCUCCCUGUUGUCCAUGAAAUUUGGAAGGAGUACAUAAAAUAUUAUAGUCCUAGCAUUACUUCUCUUCGAAAGUUUGUAUGGGCCUUCUCAAUGUUGAGAGAUCUGGAAGCUGCUUAUAUUGCCUUACAACACAUGGUGUCUAUGGUUCUGCGGGGAGGCUUUAUUGUCGGGAAAACAGCUGAGGGAAAGUUGUUCACUCUAAGACUGGACAUUCCUAUACCUUCGAGCUUUGAGCUGGACCUGAAGAGAUGUAGCGAGGAGAAUGAAGAUCCUGAACUUUCUGGUUUUAUAAACACCGAGGAAAUGGAGGCUUGUGCCAGUAACAAUAAGCAAGGCUUUACUUUCUUCACAAAAAAGAGUGAAGCUGAGAAUGAUGGGCAAAGUAUGAUGAGGAAAUGUCAUGGCUCAUCUGUUAUGAAGGUCUUGAGGUGGUCUUUUAAUGAUGUGAUACAUGCUUGUGCACGGUCUCCAAAUUGCAGGUUGGCAGAGCAAUUAAUUUUACAGAUGCAGAAUAUGGGUUUGGAACCAUCAAGCAGUACAUAUGACGGCUUCAUAAGAGCAGUUGUUUCCGAAAGAGGUUUCCAUGAUGGCAUUGAAGUUCUAAAGUCGAUGCAAUGCAAGAAUUUGAAGCCACACGAUUCUACUCUUGCAACCAUUGCAGUUGGUUGCAGCGAAGGGUUGGAACUCGAUUUAGCUGAGGCUCUGCUGGAUCAAAUUUCCAAAAGUCGUUCUGUACAUCCUUAUAAUGCUUUUCUCAAAGCAUGUGACACUCUAGAUCGACCUGAACGUGCUGUUCAUGCAUUGGUUAAAAUGAAAGAAAUGAAACUCCAGCCAAAUAUCAGGACAUAUGAGCUGCUUUUUUCAUUGUUUGGUAAUGUGAAUGCACCCUAUGAAGAAGGCAAUAUGUUAUCACAAGUUGAUGUUGCCAAAAGGAUACAUGCAAUAGAAAUGGAUAUGGUGAAAAAUGGCAUUCAGCAUAGCCAUUGGUCAAUGAGGAACUUGCUAAAAGCGCUUGGAGCAGAGGGGAUGGUGAGGGAGCUCAUCCAGUACCUACGUGUGGCAGAGAAUCAGUUUUCUCGUGGUUACUCUUGUCUCGGAACCGCUUCCUAUAAUAUAGUGUUGCAUUCUCUUGUUGAGGCUAACGAAAGUCAUAUGGCGGUUGAUAUAUUCAAAUCUAUGAAAUCAUGUGGUUUUCUGCCAGAUGCUGCAACUUAUAACAUAAUGAUUGAUUGCUGCAGCAUUGUAAGAUGUUUCAAAUCUGCUAGUGCACUAGUUUCUCUGAUGUUGCGUGAUGGGUUCUAUCCACAAGCAGUAACAUACACCGCCCUUAUAAAGAUUCUGUUGGGGAAUGGUGAUUUUGAUAAAGCAUUAAGUCUUCUGGACCAAGGAAGCUUGGAAGGGAUCCAAUCUGAUGUAUUGUUAUUCAACACUGUACUUCGGGAAGCAUGUGAAAAGGGAAGAAUUGAUGUAAUUGAGCUUAUUGCCCAGCAGAUGCACCAAAAAAAGGUUCAGCCAGACCCAUCAACAUGUUAUUAUGUGUUUCAAGCAUAUGUAAACCAUGAUUACAUCAGCACAGCUAUAGAAGCAUUGCAAGUUCUGAGUAUGCGGAUGAUUUCUGAGGAAGAUAGCAUCCUUGAAGAGAAGAGAACUGAAUAUGAGGAAAACUUCAUCUUUUCUGAAGACAUGGAAGCCGAGUCACGCAUUCUAGAGCUUUUCAAGGAUUGUAAUGAGAAUCUUGCCGUUGCCCUCUUGUACCUAAGAUGGUGUGCUACACUGGGGUUCGAGAUAUCAUGGCUUCCUAACCGAAGUCUAUGGGCCAGGAGACUGUCAAGUAAUUAUGCCAAUGCUGAAGGUGUUGCCGUAUGAAUUUAAAGGUGACGUGAUUUUGUGGCUUAAACUUGGUUUGGAGUUCCCAAAUGAUUUUUGUUGCCGGGUAAGGGCCCUUUUUCAGAAAAGGGCAUGGGGCCUAACUCCUUCCAAUUUUGGUUAAUCAGAUAGUAACACAGGUCCUAUAAUAGACAUAAAAGAACCAUGCUAAAUCCUAGGUUCUGUAAACCUCGUGCCAACAAAGCUAAUUUUUCAGGAAAUGAGAAGGUUAAAUGCUUAUUGGACAAUUUCAAUUAUUCCUAGAUUUCAUUAGUCUUAGAUCUUACAGUAUGGUGCAGGGAGACUAGCCUAUCGACUUGGUAAAGAUGGUGCUUUUGUAGGCUGUGGAGUGGUUCUUGUGGUCUAUGUUGUAAUUUUUCAGAUUACAUCUGAAGAGAGAACAGCUUCGUUGUAAAAUGUUGUAGUUAGAAUGUGAGGCCAUGUUAGUUCAGUUUUGGUUUCUUUGCUUUCUCGCGUAUGGUAAUGAGAGGGAUGCAAUAACUUUGUCAAUUGAGCAAUAACAUGAUUUGGUUUUUAAUUUA